GGGAUGCGAGAGAGACGCCACAGUGGCGAGGAUCGCCCGCUCUGAACCGGAGGAGUCACCGGCAGAUGAUGUCCCAAUGUGAGAGUGCUUCCAGAGGACACGAAGGAGGAUGAAGAAAGGGGGAGAGGGAUCGAGAGCGGCAGAGGUGGAAUAUAAUGAAGUUGAGUGGGAAAGGACUGUGCACCGUCUUCUCCAGCACCCUCCUCUUCGUGUGCGCCCUGAGCGAAGUUGUCGUUGGAUUAAGAUGCGUCUCGUUGGGCUCUACGGUGAGAGCGCAUUUCCACCUCGGCGCCGCGGCCGGGGCAUUCUACUCCGGGCUACUUGUGGGAAUCGGGCAGGUCCUGCUGGGCACCGCGCUGCUCUUUUGCAUGGACAAGCCCGGUUGCAGGAAUUUCUUUCUCCUCGGGGUUGUGGUCUUCUUGUUGGGAGUCCUCACCGCCUUCUCUGGGGCGGUGGUGGACGGGGACACGGCUUCUCUGGUGGAGAGGAAAUAUACCCACUACUGCUUCCCCUCUGUGGUUGUGAGCCCUGCCUGCGAGCAGCUGAGGGAUUACCAGCGGAGUCUGGUCGUCUCCACUGUUCUCAGCACCCUGGAGUGCCUCCUCGGGCUCAUCAACCUGGUGGUCAUCAAAAGGUACAAAACCGCGCAGUUUUCUAGGAACCGGCAGUCUCAGAGGCAGCUCGCCGGCGCGAUCCUGUUCAGCGAGGAGCGGGACUGCUCGGCGGAUUUACAGCCGGUGUCUUACAUCAACCUGGGUGUUUUUAACGUGUUUGACGAGGCAGGUGCAGAAGUGCAGUGCGGGGGACACCCGUCAAUCGAGCUACCGGGAUACUCGCCCACGGACCCGGAGCUCAAUCAUUGCUUCCCUUUCUCCUACCCGCUCCCCAGCGAACUGCCGCCCGCGUACGAAGACAUUUUCCCCGCUGAGGCAUGCGACACAUAG